AUUGGACAGGCGUUUAGCAUCGCUGCCUAAAUGCAGAAGGUGGAGGGUCCUUGGUUGAUCUGUCUGCACAUGCGUGUUAAAUGUUGCUGCCGUAGCCAGACAGCAGCAGCUCGGAGGUCCAACACCGGGGAGGGUCUCUACAUCUCCACAAAAACAACAUCAACCUGAUAAUCUACACCAACAUGAAGUUUCCCUACUCCUAGAUUCACGAGGAUAUGGUGAGGAGAAGGUGUCCCAUGCUGCAUUAGUGGAAGAGUGACAUGCUGGCCUGUCUGCCAGCAUCAGGUGACCCUACCAUCAGACUUCUCUCCCGCACGCAGAUGAACACUGGACUUCAGAAAUGGGAAACUACACAGAAGAUGAGAUCUGCCAGCUAUCCAACCCCAGCAGAGUUGGAUGCCUUUGCUAAGAAAGUUGCCAACAACCCUCUGACCAUCCAGAUCUUCCCCAACAGUGUCAAAGUACCUCAAAGGAAGCACAUUCGCCGCACAGUCAACGGGCUUGACACGUCCUCGUCCAGCCAGCGCCACAGUCCCUACCCCUCUCAGGUCAGCUCCAGUAGGGGUCUGCUCGCUGUCCUCCGUGCGCCUGCCAAAGGCGUCAUCAAAGAUUCAGACGGUAGCCGCGCCCGACAGCUUCAGAAGGCAGUCAUGAACCCUCACAGCGGGCCGUACGCCACUCAAAGCACUUUAAAUCUUCCUCAGCCUGCUCCAAACCUACAGGGCCCGUCGCAGCCUGCUGCCCAGAAGCAGGGUGUGGUUCACCCACAGGCGCUACAGCAGAGCGUGAAUCAUCCAAUGACUUUACAGCAGCCUCAAACGAUGCCUCACCCGCAGGCGCUGCAGCAAAGGAACAUGGCUCAUUCACAAGUGCUGCAGCGGCAGCAGAGUUUGUCCCAGGUUCAGACUUCACAGCAGAGAUUGGCUCAUCCACAAGGCAUCCAGAGGCAGCAGAGUGUGCCUCACAGCCAGGCGCAGCAGCAGCAGCAGCAGCAGCAGCAGAGCCAGUCAUGUCCACCAGUCGUACCACAGCAGCAUCUUUCUCAUCUGCAGACACUAAAGCAUCAGGCGGCUCCUCUGCAAGCUUUACAUACACAACAAGGAGUGACUCAGGAUCUGCACCACAUGUCUGAUGGAGCUCCGCUUCCGAGCCUGCAGCACACCCAGGGGCUGAUUGGCUCACAGCCCCUCCCCCAGGCUGUGGGUUCAGGACCUCCUACCAUGCCUAACAGCCUCCAGCAGCCCCAACCAGGGGCAUACGGGCCCCGGAAGCUCCCUGACGCAGACGCCCCACCAAAUGUAACUGUAUCUACCUCCACCAUCCCACUGUCCAUGGCAGCCAGCCUGCAUCAGAACCGGCCUAGUGACCUGAGCAGCAUUGUGCACCAAAUCAACCAGCUGUGCCAGGCACGGGCUGGUAUGGGCGCCACCUCAGUCUGUGAGGGCCAGAUCGCAAAUCCCAGCCCCAUCAGCCGCAACCUGCUGAUCAACGCCAGCUCCAGGGUGUCCUUUCACCACCCGGCUCUGGGCUCGGUGCCCAGCUGCCUCAUGGUGGGACCCCCAGACAAAGCUACAGCUCAGACUCCCAACGCUGCUCUCCACUCACAGCCCAAUAUAGCUGCUACUAAUACUAUACCUGCCUUUCACGCAGACCCAGAGAAGGUACAACUGCAGCAGCAGCAUCUGCAGCAUCAUUUACAUCAGCAGAAACAGCAGCAGCAGCAUUUACAGCAGCAGCAACAUUUACAACAACUACAGCAGCAGCAGCAGCAGCAGCAGCAGCAGCGCUCCUGGGCCCAGCAUCAGCUGGCCCACAUGCAGCAGCCUCAUGAGGGGGCCCAUCCCUGCAAGAACCCGAGGAUGGAGCUUCCAGCUGAGUGUGCUUUCCCCUCUCGAAACCUCAACUAUCCCCACAAGCUACCCAACACCGCACAGUCCUUUCCUCUAAAACAUCCGGGCGAAAAACCACAACCUUUAUCCCCCGUCAACUGCCCAGUAGGUUCUAUGCCUUACAUUAACGGCCACUACAUGCAGCCACCGUGGGGCAGCAUCCCAGCCACAGCAGGUAACAAUGGAUCCGGCCCUCAGGACCUCCCGGUGGCUUUCCAGGGAGGGCAGGCUGGUGCCUCCACAGACCGCAUCCCAGGGGCAAAGUACAGGCCGGGGAAGGAGGGUCCUCCUGGCCCGGCCAAGAUGAUGCAGAAUGUGGAUUUCUUAGGAGGGGACUUCCAGAUGCCCAGCUUUCAGGAGCAGAACAUGGGUGUGAUGGAGAAGAUGCACAGGUCAGCCAUGGGCCAAGUUCAGGACCCCAACAACAGCGGAGGUGUUCACGCUCAUCACCCAGGCUACCGUUAAUGCGUGCGCUUAUCCCCCCCCCCCCUCCCCUUGGUGUGUUUUGAGUUCUUCUCAACAGCUACUUUCAGCUUCUGUGGUUUAUUCUUUAAGAUCUUGCAAGUGAUCAAUUACAUUUUAUUGCUUCAGAGCUUGAUUUGUAGAGCCACCAGGUUGUGAUGUUUCAAAGUAUUCCUCAGGUCUUAAGCCAUGUCGUACCUUUUGUUGCAGAUGAAGGCUUUUUGAGAUUGUUGUCCACUGUUGAGUAGAAUUCCUCUUUUCAUCACUGGCAUGGAUGUGCUGCUCUUUGUUUGUGUAUAUAUGGUGUUAAAAUAUGAAUUUGCAGCUGAGAGAAUAUGCUUGCCAUACGAUUGUCACAGUGCUUUUCCUAGGUUGACAUGGAACAACUCAACUUUUUUCAGCAUUUGUGGCCUUACAACUGCCCAAAGGCAAGAUUUAGGAUGUCCUUGUGUGAUGUUUUUAUUUGCAAUUAUUUAUCCUCUGAACAGGUUUGUGAUCCAUUUAAAUAAGAAGGUUACAUGUAUAUGCAAUUAAUAUGACUGUUUAAGGUUUUUGUCCCAGAAGCUCCCUCCCAUAGUUAACGGGCCUAAAAGUGAGACUCCCCUAUCAGGAACACAACAUGGCGUCUGACCUGCACCGUAAGGUCGUUUUUGCAUAGUGUGCAAAAACAGCCAACUAUCACUGUUAAGCAGAAUUUUAGUUAAAAAUAAGACAAAGCCAGCACUAGCAAAAACAGUAACGUUCUCCAUGUAGUUACUCUUACGUUUGGAAAGUCUAAAGUGCCCUCUUGUGUGUAAUAUUUCAAGGAUUGCUUUUGAAGUAGUUAUUUUAUUACCGUUUUUGUCGUAUUUCUGUAGAUGGUCCUACUUGAACUGUAGAAAUUACUUUUAAAUGUUUAUGCCUAACAUUUGGCAAAAGGAGCAGAAGCUCCAUUAGCCCCUCUUUGUCUAUAGCUAAUGUGAAACAGAAUGGCAUCCCAUUAAUAUUAAAAUGUAUGUCAGUAUGUGAAAAAGCAAAUUGAUCACUUGCAAGCACGCAAGUACUUCAAAUAAUGCAAGCUGGGAAGUUUCCCCUCCGACACAUUCCCUCACCACUUAACUACUGUAAUACGAGUGAACUGAUGUGGUGUGGACAUUAUGUGUGUGGCCGUUCAUCUAACUAAUCACUGGCCUUACCCUGUGUUGUAUUUCUGCUACCUAUAAAGAAAAAUAAGGACAUUUAAUGCAGGUUAUGUUUUGCUAGAUGUGUCUAGCAUGAAGCUCUGGACCCGUUUCCUCCUCCGGUCCUUUUUUCGGGUUGAUGUUGUCCGAGCAUGUGUUGCUCUGCUAGCCUCAAGCCUUCUGGAAAAAGCCUUAAAUGUCACGGUAGUUAUCCUCUACUUAAUACUUAACCUUAACGGACUUCCUUUGCCUGGAUCCCAACUUUAGUAUGGCUUCAUCGUGAGCUUUGGUUCAUUUUAAAUCUGUGCUGUCAGAUCAUUUGGCAGUGUUGAUAUGUGUAGGCAGAGGGAACGCGUGCUAUUGCCUUAAAUUAAAAGGUAAUAAUGCGACUCAUACUUGCUGAUGAAUCACCCAUCCUACUGUCUCAAAUGUUGCCUAUCAAGGAUUUAAGAUGAUUUUAAAAUAUGAAUAGUAUUUAGCAGAAUUAAUAGGUAUGUAGAACAGGGCUGUAGCAGUUAUUUUAAAGUAUUUGGACUGUGUUUUAGUUGUUAUACUUAAUAAAUAUCCUGAUAUAGUUUAAUUUAUUUUAUUUAGUUUUUGACCACUGCAUCCUGAAGCCAUAGGUGUUUUCACAUUAGGUGCCAUAGGUGACACACGUUGACGCAGUGCAAACUGAAUUGUCUGCACUCGAAUAAGAGGUUUGCAUCCACGCUUUAAUCUUUCACUCUCUGAAUCAGAAUACAGUACAGGUCAAAAGGGAGAAAGAGCGGCGAGAUGAUCCGUCAUCCUCAGAGAAAGACCGCUGAGAUGCAGCCGUAGCUUUUUCUGGAUUUUGGUCUUCAUACUUGAUGGCAGUUUUUUUUUUGUUUUUGUUUCCUGGCUCUCAUUUUUGACGUGCCUGCCCCUUAAAGCUGCUAUUGACUUUAAUCUUAACACACACUAGUAUGAUUUGUGUGUGCAUGUGUAUGAAUAGUAAUGAUGUAUGGGCUGUAUCAGUGAAAAUGAGUUCCUAUUUAUGGGACGGGUGCAGGGCGAAAAUUGCCACCACUCACAUGCUGGUAAAUUUGGCCUAUACGUCUAUAGAGUGCUGCAGGGAUUACGUAUUUCUGUAGGCCAACCAGGUAGUUGGCAUCGCCCUGGUUCCCUCGACAAAAAGCCAAUGAGAUUGUUCCAUUGGGUUUUGGAUUAUUGCAGAAAAUAAUCUCUGUGGUCAGCCCUCCGUGGUAGUCUGUGUUAUACGGCGUUCAUGGGCACAUUACUUGCCCACCACCCCCACCGUUGUUUUGCUUUUCCUGCAGGACGAGAGACAGUUGAUGGACAAGACGAUGGCGGAGGAUUUGGUGUCAAAGCAAAAGCACCUGUUUAGCAAUACUUCUGAUUUAAAACCCAAUGCAACGAGUAAACCAUAACGUUAAUGCCGUGCGGAGCAGUUACAGCCGGUGUGCACAGCGGAGUGGCGCCGGAUGCAAACCUGCGGCCUUGUAGCAAGAGCUCGACCAGACACACAGCCACCUAACAUUAAAGAUCAGUGAGCGCAUUACACAUAUUGAGCGUCAUCUUUUCUUGUAAAAUGUCUGGUGUUUAUUAACCGGUGGGAAACUUUCCUCUCCGUCUCAUCCCUAGGUGGCACACAAACGUUUGUGAUACUUACAUGUUUUGUUCAGCAAGUUAAUCUUCACAAAUAAACACCACUUCUAUGAUUUUUGAAGUGUUAAUAUAAUCACCAGAAGUAAAACGCUAACGUUCGACUAUAAACAAACACCACGGUCGCAUGAGCGCGAGUAUACACAACAAGGAUGUAAAGGCGCACGAGUGCGUGACGACGUUUAGUCGUCUCAUUUAGCCACUUGUUAGCAACCACCUUUUUUAAGUCUCAAAAUUCUCGAGUGGGAUAUUUACUGACGUAUUUUAUAUUGCAGAACAAAAUGUUAAAAUCCCACAGACCUUAUUUCAGGCAUCUAAUUAAAAAAAACUUCCAGACGAGGGAACCGGAACUCAUUCCUGCAGCCCUCUAUUCUUUAUUCAAUAACUUGACCAGUGUUCAGAGUGGCAGAGUGAUUUUCCUAAAGACAGACACCCUCCAGGCCUGUGUGGGUUUCUUCACUUUAAAUCAACACUAAACAAUUAGACACACCUGCCGUUUUAUUCUGAACUGCCUCGUUACAGCCCAACAUAGUCAGGUUCUACAGUCUCAUAUGAAGUGCCUCCACUGGGCUUAGUAUGGAGAAAUGUGUGAAUGUGUGUGUGUGUGUAUGUUAAGCUUGGGUACUUGCACACAGGUGUGCACGCUAACAGACGUGCACGAAGUUAAUCUCUGAUGGGGGACCAAGCUACUUAGUGUAACUACUGAUACUGUGUCAUGGACUGAAGUCCUGAAGUGUGCCACGACUCCCAGACGCUGUCGGGAUGUGUGAACUGUUUGCUGCUGACUCACUGACCAAAGUGACCAAGCGUCCCUCUCUGUAACCACCUGGCCAAAAACGCCUCGGCAAGCUUGUGUUGGGAACUGUUCUAACAGUAAUAAGCAACAACCUGGUGACAUAAACGAGAGCUGCUGCCCUCGUUUGUUACGGUUAAAGAAAAUCUUGUGAAGUAAAAGUGUAAAGAUGUGAACGGAGCAUAAAAAAUAAUCUAGUGAGUAGUUUCCUGUCUGCACCCCAAUUUGUUUUGCCAAGCAAGACUCAGAUGUUCUAACCAGAACUGUGGAUGUUCUGUGGUUCCAUUUCACAAUAUCAUGUAGAAAUGUCGUCACACACGGCACACGUCUCUGUAAUCUACUCAAGCACAUUGUAGCUCGUUAGUCGACUCCGAUGGCAGUAUUUAUUGGGGCGCAGGUGCGCAACAACUCUCUAGAUUUAUUUUUACUCUGAUUUAAUAUGACGGUCUUUGAUGAUCAGAGACGGAUCAUGUUGUGAACGGUGGUGGAGGGGGGCUUACUUUCUCUACUUUGUGAAAAUGUGAUAUUCCAGUUUUGCCUAACCUUCAGGAAUAAAAUGUCUUGCACAAACAUUCCCCCUAACCAAAAUAAAGUUUGCAAACACAAA